UGGCGGCAGCGGCUGUUGUCAAAAUAACACUAGAGUUUCAUCUCUUUGCCUUUAUACUUUUGAUGUCACCACAGACUGCAUUCACAAUACUGCAAAUAUUUAAAUAUUGCAGUACUUUCAUCAGUGGACCAUAAGCUCAAUCACUAUUGUGUUACCUCCUUCAGCGAUAGAUAGUGACUAAACAGACAUUUAUUUAUAUGAAAAUAGUCGCUUUAAGUUUUGUUGUGUUGUCCUCAGUGACCUCCUCACGUGAGCGCGCGGAUCAGUGGCACGCGCGUGUUGAGGGACAGAUACACACAGCUGUUUUGCUGGCACGCUCCGGUGAGCUGCGACAGGAGGGCGUCGGCUUUAAUCACACUGCGUAAAGAGCUCCUGUAGUGAUAGAGAACUACAGGGGGUCAAAGGUGAACACACAGAGAGAGAGAGAGAGAGAGAGAGAGAGAGGAGGUUAAAUUCCUGGAGGGAGUCAUCGAGGAGUCGGACAGUCGGUGGAAGUCGUUCCAGAAUUUUCGGUGGAACUCAGCAAAGUUGCAAACGUUCCAUUUGAGGUUCUAAUUCAGCUUUUUGCGACACUUUGGUUACUUUUUUCGUGAGGAAAUAGUUCCUUGAGGAAGAGGCUUUUCAGGCGGCUUACCUGACGUUGGGAACAAUAUCAGAUCUGGAGAGGAUUUUGAGUUCCGUUGAGCUCCAUUGAGAUGGAUGAGCAGGUGAAUCCACUGGAGAGAGACCACUCUCUGUCUGUGGUUCUGCCAGGGGGGCUGGAGAAGAACGCCACGGUGCAUGGAAGCAAACCAGUGAUGGAUUUACUGGUGACUCUUUGUGCAAGUUACCAUCUGAAUCCGUCCGACUACACCGUCGAGGUUCUGUCUCCCAACAAGAACAACAUCAGCUUCAAACCCAACUCUCUUAUCGGCUCACUGGAAGCGGACACGAUUGUGCUGAAGCCCAAAGGGACGGAGGAAAUAAAGAUCAGGAGGCCGUACAUGCCCGAGGCAUCUGUGCGUCUGUUGAUCAACUACAAUAAGUCCCAUAAGACCGUGGUGCGGGUGAAUCCCAGAGUGCCCCUUGAGAUGCUGCUGCCGGUGGUGUGUGACAAGUGUGAGUUUCAAGUAGAGACAACCGUCCUACUGAGAGACUCUCAGUCCACAGAGCCGCUGGACCUGACCAAGACCUUGAAUGAACACGGCCUGAGGGAAGUGUUCGCCAAUGACAGCGCUGCUAAAGAGCCCACUGACCACCACCACCGAGCCAAGACACCUGAAGCAGCAGCUGUCACGCCAACACAGGUCAUCACACCACCUCCACUACAAGAGCUGCCAAAGAUGGACAAGAAACAGAAGGACAACGCGGGAUUCCUCAGCUUGUUCAGGAGAAGGAAGAAAACAGCUGGAAUGGACGGAGCAGGGAGCGCGCCAGCUUCUCUGGGUCUCAGAGUGAAUGCCCCGGUAGUCUCCUCCUCUAACACUCUGCCAGCAGAAACGCCCAAGAAGAGACGAGCCCCUCAGCCACCCAUGGGUGCCUCAACGAGCCUCCCCAACAACCUCAGCAGCUGUCAUGCAGGAGGCUCACAGAUAUCUGCAGAAUCCACCUUAAGGAGAACCAAGAGGAGGGCCCCACCUCCUCCCUGUGCUAACAACCACCUGGAGCUGCAGGCAGACACACAGCUUAAAGGGACUGUAGACUCCCUGAUCACUGUGGAGGAAAGCGACGAGUCAGACUCUGUAUACCUAUCACUACCCUCAUCUUCAUCAACACGUCCAUCCACAUCCUCCUUACGUCGAUUUGCUCAUCUCCAUGAAGUGGCUGAACCAUAUCUGCCCUCGUUUCGAGGGAAAGACAUAUCCGACGCCCGCUGUGCUCUUGCUAAAGUCCUGACGUCCUCUAUUUCCAAAGGAACUCUGGUUAAGCGUUUGCGGAACUCUGCCACCUUCCCAAAAUUAUACAACGGCUCCUUCACUAUGCCGACGACUCCGAGGUGUUCAAAUAACGGGCCUUUCUGUGCAAAACCUGAAUCCUUUCGAACAUCCAACCUCGUCACUGAGCAUGAGUGGGAGGAUCCCAUACAGAGGAAGGGGAUGACCACGUUUAAAGUGGUUCCCUCGAAGACACAGAAGUCCCACGAUCCCGAACUCACCCUGGACCAGAUAGCAGUACAUGAUAACCCUGUGAGCGAAGCUUCUCCUGAGCUCGGGAGAAAGACCGAGGAGGAUCCGUGUUCUCUUGACAGAUCAGAGACAGAAACACCUUUGCAGAGUCCAGAACCCUCUUCUCAGGAGAUUCAGACUUCUCCGCCACCGGUGCUUGAUUUAGACAACCAGGGUAGUCUAGGCUCACCUCUUUCUGAGGUCGGGGACAUCGCUGAAAAGCAGAAGGAAGAGGAUGAACCUGAACCUGAAGUCCCAUCUGAGGUGACAGUGCCGUCAGAUUGCAGUGAUGGAGAACCUACCAUUGAUGGUCAGAUCAACUCAGAGGAGUGUCAAAGCCCCACUGGACAGUCCGAAAGUACAGAUGUGGACCAUUGUGGUUCAUUAACUGAUGAGGAGGAAGUGGUACCAGAAGAGGAAGAAGAGGACAACUAUUUCCCUCCCCCUCCUCCACCUGUCUUCUUUAAUGAAAACAUAGAGGUCAUGGAGGAGAAAAGAGAAGACUCUACAACUUCCUCUCCGCCUUCGUCUCAGCCACCAAGUUCCACCUCCAAUGGGCAAACUAAUGCAUUCAGCGAGGACCAUCAACAUGAGCCCACCUCAGCCAUGCAUGAUCAGCCUGCAGCUGCACCAAGACCUCCGGUCAAGAUGAGUGCCGCCCCAUCCAGAUUUGCACAGGCGGUGGCGAUGGCUGUGCAGAGGUCCCGUCUCCAUAUUGGUGGGAAAGGUUUAGGCCCUCAGGCCCCCAGCGGUCCACACAGUGCACUUCCCUCACCACCCCGGUCCACAUACCAAUACGGUGCCUGACUGGCUUCCUUGUCCUUGUUUAGGAAUCCGAGCGAGGACACCAGACCUCCAUUAACUUAAACAAAAUGUCAGCGGAAUAAUUUCCAGUUGACGAUCUAUGAUUUCUUUUUUUAUCUCUUUUCUGCCCUUGUCUCAUUUUAAGUUGGACUUUAUGUUCACAGGUUGAACAUUUUCUGUUUUUUUCUUCACUUCCUUUUUGAAAUUUCAUUGAAGAUGUGCCAAGGCGGACACGAGGCUGACGCGAGAGCUUUUUGUUUGUGUAAAACAAAGAAAAUUAUAUAUAAUAGGAUGAGUUUUCUCCCUCAGGGUGUACAUUUUUAUGCUGUAUAACAUGAAGAAUGCAGUAAAACAUUAACUCUGUUGCAGUUUGCUUUUUAUCCACCAGGUGGCAGAAGAGUAUUGUUUCUAAAAAACAAAUUGGAUCCAUUUGUGAGGUCUUUUUCAUCAUUUUUUUCUUCUGGUUGAUGCAUCAUAAGUGACACAUUUGUAUCAUUUACAAAGAAAUAUUGUUUUCAAGAGCAUGGAUUAAAUUAUAUAAAACAAUAUUUAUUUAACCUGUAUCCAUUCAAGGAUUUUCCCAGAAUAAAAAUAUUUAAUGGGAACAUGAGAAUUUCCUGUAUUCCAAGCAUAAAAAAAAAAAAAGCGAUCCUUGUUGGAAGCAUCAGUUUCAUGCCAAGCAUCUCAACACCUUCCUGAAUAAACUCAGUCCACUUUGCUCACAUGCA